AUGGAGCGCCAGCGAGAUGACAAUGAUGACGAGAAAACGACCGCGACGAUGACAGAGAUGAUGAUGAUGAUGAUGAUGAUGAUGCCGGAGACGCCACCAGUUCGUUUCUCUGGCAGCACUCCACUCUCCCUCUUCGAGUUGUGGGCGCAGUUGGUUGCUGACCAUCAGUGUGGGACAUACACGGAUAGACAAAAAGAGGGGCGACAUGCCAAGGAAAAGGCAGCAACAGCAAGAUUACCAGAAACGGAUUGCUUUCUUAUAGAUUUUGACUUGAAUCAGUGA